AUGGCAUAUCAACCAGGUUAUGGUCAAUCGAAUUACGGCGGGCAACAAGGCGGUCAAUUGGAAAUAGGCCAUGGGCCUUAUCCAUCCGUUGGAGCUGGAGGAGGUAUCGCACCACAAGUGCAACAAUGGUUUUCUGCAGUGGAUAAGGACCAGUCCGGGUUCAUUUCAGCCGCCGAAUUAAAAUCUGCCUUAGUGAAUGCGCAGGGCCAGAAUUUUUCUGAUACGGCUUGUCUGUUAAUGAUUGGCAUGUUCGAUAAGGAUCGAUCGGGACAUAUAAACUUGGAAGAAUUUGACAAAUUAUAUACUUACAUUAAUCAAUGGCUUGCAGUUUUUAAAACUUAUGAUGUAGAUCAAUCGGGCAACAUCGACGAACAGGAAUUGGCUAAAGCGCUUACUCAAAUGGGAUUUCGUUUUUCGCCAGACUUCAUCAAUUUUUUGUCUAAGAGAAGUGAUCCAAGGGAAGGAAAAAUUUCAGUAGACAGUUUCAUUGUUCUGUGUGUUCAAAUACAACGUUUUACAGAAGCUUUUCGAGUCCGCGAUACUCAACAAAAUGGAACUGUCACCAUAGGAUUUGAGGAUUUUCUAAAUGUAGCAUUAAGUUGCUCUUUA